AUGAAAGAUUCUAUAGUACGAGGAACAUAUGAGGAACAAGUAGCUGAUUAUGAAGGCCUUGAUAUCUCGGUAACAUGCUGGAAAGAUAAUAAGGUUGUCACAUUAGCGUCAACUUAUGUAGGCUCCGAACCAGCCGAAACUGUGAAUAGAUACGAUAAGAAACAAAAGAAACAAAUUUCCAUAGCUUGUCCAAAAAUAGUCAAAGAUUAUAACGUCCAUAUAGGUGGAGUUGACCACAUGGAUAGUUUUUUGGGAGAUUACAGAUCUGAACUUGCAGAGACUUUAUGCUCCUAUAAAAAGUACGAUACAAAUAAAAGAGGAAGACCCUCAAGCAAUAAUGUAGAAAGGCAGAUCGAAGCUAAAAAACACCGAGGUCCCGCUAAACCUGUCCCGCCAAAAGAUAUCCGGACUGAUGGUAUAGGCCAAGAUGAAAAAAGGUGCAGCGCUAAAAAUAGAUGA